GAUCGAUAUGGUUUUGAUUCGUGCGCGCGCGCGUGCAUGUGUGUGUGUGUGUGUGCGCAUUUGUGUGCAACGUAACGAAUACCAGGAUGACAGCGUAUAUACUGACGCACCUAACAAGGGUUUCCGUUUUGCGGUGAAUGAAAGGAUGGAAAAGUAGUUUUCGAAAGUUACGAAUAGGAUCGGGUAACAUGUCCGCGUAUUUGCACGUGAAGUGGAUUUACUGGUGGACUACACUUAUUUGUUAAGUUACGUUAUUGCUUGUUAUAUGAGGAGGCAAGUGCGUCAGGUGUAUGGCGGCCUAUGGGUGCAACAAAGACGGGACGCGUGGGAAGAUCGGAGAAGUAAGAGGAAGCAGGCAUCGAGAAAACGGGCACGAACAAACGAACUGAAAAAUAUAUUUGAAAGUGAACGUGAUAAAAAACUCGUUAGUCAGAAUGGAUGAGUGCAUGCUGAACGAUUUAUUAGAAUGCUCGGUGUGCCUUGAACGAUUAGAUACAUCGAGCAAAGUACUUCCCUGUCAACAUACAUUCUGCAAGAAAUGUUUAGAAGAAAUUGUCAGUACCCAUCGGGAAUUACGUUGUCCCGAGUGCCGUGUUUUAGUCGAUGCUAAAGUGGACGAUUUACCACCUAAUGUAUUGUUAAUGCGUAUUUUGGAAGGAAUGCGUAAUGCUGCUCCUAAACAAACAGCAAAAUUCGUAACAAAGUCCAAUUCAGGACCGCAAAGACUUUUCGGUGGUCAUCAGGUUACUCCAGCUCCUAUCGUAACUACUAGUCUCACACCUACUACAUUCGCGAACGAAUCUGUACGACACGCGAAUGCUGCAGCCAAGCAAGUUCAGUUACACAAUCAGGCGUAUGGUAGAGCUAUCUAUGAUUAUAUAUCGAAAGUUCCAGGGGAUCUUUCUUUUAAAAAGGGUGACAUUGUCAUUCUUCGUAAAAAGAUCGAUAACAAUUGGUAUUUUGGACAAAAUGCCAACAAUUAUGGGUGUUUUCCCCUGUCUUAUGUUCAGGUAAUGACACCAUUGACACCACAUGUUCCUCAGUGCAAAGCUCUAUAUGAUUUUAGGAUGACAAAUGAUGAUGAGGAUGGCUGCCUUACAUUUAAUAAGGGUGAAGUUAUUAGUGUUAUCAGAAGAGUGGAUGAGAAUUGGGCAGAAGGAAAACUUUUAGACAGAAUUGGCAUCUUUCCAUUGGCUUUUGUGGAGUUGAAUAGCGUGGCAAGAGCUUUAAUGAAACUUUCAACUAAUGUACAGCCUGGUCCAUCAAGAGUAGCACCUCCUACUCCUACUAACGAAGAAACCACACCUCUGAUACCAACUGAUCAUUCACGUAAUGUACAAACAACGAGUCAACCUCGGCCCCAACUUAUGCAGAAUACACCUUUACCAGUUUCUGAUACUGUUUCCAAUGUAUCAUCAGGAGGUAGUUCUUCAACUACUACUCCAAAUACUCCCAAUAGUUCAAGUACUUCUAGCAGUUCUAGCACAGCUCCAAGCAGUCCUAGUAGCCCAGCAACGUCGCCUCCGGCAGUUGGAAAUAGACAUAAUGUUAAGCGCCACAGUUUUACUGCUGUUAAUACCGGUCACCAAUCCCAUCCACACCAUAGACACAGCGCUGAAAUACUUAGUCCACCGGUGGACAAUGCUGUUGGAAACAGCAACAGUAGCUGCAGCAGUGAUUCAUUUUCCCCGCUGCAAACUAGUGCCAGUGGCGUGGAUCACAAUCUUCGACAUAGACGAAGCGGCAGUAGCGAUCUAGUUCUUGCACAACCAUCGCAAAGUUUGCCCACUACUACAACCGGUAAUACUCAUUUGCCAGCUGCAUAUAUAGCACUAUAUCCAUAUAAACCACAAAAAGCGGACGAACUUGAAUUAAGGAAAGGUGGAAUUUAUAUGGUAAUGGAACGCUGUCAAGAUGGGUGGUUCAAAGGGACGUCUAAUCGUACUCAAAAGUGUGGAGUCUUUCCUGGAAAUUAUGUUACGCCCGCUAAAUGUCAACGUAGUUUGUGCCGGGGAUCACCAAAUACAGGGCAACAUCAGAAUUUCCCAUCGUCGACCGGUCAGAACGGUUCCGAGUCACGAAUUACCGUGACGUACACCAAAAAUAAAGGACCUGCGCCUCAACCGUAUAAUCCACACACAUUGCUACCACCCGAAUUGCCGCCGCGCGCUAUCAGUCCUUCUUCGAUGGUGUCCUCGUCUUGGCACGGUCAAAGCCAAACACAAAGUCAGGAGAAAAGUCCUCCCCGGCACAAUGAACAAAAUCCGGUGAAUCCACUUGGACGUAGUCACAGUGCCGUGAUGUCAUCAAAUAUAUCUUCGCCUGGGAAACAGGGCAUUUUACCACAAUCAUUAACCACUACAACUACUACCGCUAAUAUCAAUAACAGUGGUACAAACGCAACUGUCGCUGCUACUUCUUCCAUUGUAACUGAAAUGAAUAGAAGCCCAAAUAGUACUCUACGUGCAAUUGCUUCUCCCUCGUCUACCACUGCUGCUAAUUCAUCUAAAAAUACUGAAAAGCAGAAAGAAAAAAAAGAUAAGUGUGUCUCUUUAAUGCGUCGAUUAACAAAUAUCAAGAAAUCAAAAUCUCCGCCGCCCGCUACGUAUUCAAUGGACAAUCCUGUAUUUGACGAUGGUAAUUCCAUCAACCCGGUGCAUGUUCGAUCGGGAUCUUGCCCAAGUCAGUUGCUACAGGUGGGAGCCACGCAGGAAUUAAAUGCUUCAAACAACCAUCAUCGUUUGUGUCCAGGCUCUGUACAAGGGCACGUCACAUCUUCACAAAGACUUAAAUACAAGGAGAGACCAUCUUUACCGGUCUCGAUCCUCCAGAGAUCCAAUGAAACGGUUGGAAUGGUGUGCACGACAGUCGGAAAUCAUCAUCGUAAGAGCAACUCUUUAGAUGCUGGUAUGGGAAAACAAACAAAGCAGCAACCUUCUCGCGAACGAGAACGAGUAUAUCGAUUCCGCUGCAUUGUGCCAUAUCCACCUAACAGUGAAUUCGAACUAGAACUUCGUGUAGGGGACAUAAUUUAUGUACAUAAAAAACGUGAUGAUGGUUGGUAUAAAGGUACUCAACAAAGAACAGGUCGUACGGGACUUUUUCCAGCGAGUUUUGUCGAAGCCUUCUGAGAUACAACACAAGGUCACUUGGUAUUAGAAACCUGUAUAUAAUACUGCACAAAAAGUCAAACGUAACUUACCGCGAGUCAUUUCUCGAGUUUAUUAGGGGUAUGGUCGUCGGUACAAGGGUAAGUGUACGAUUUAAACAAUGAAAUUGCUACGUACAGCAAUGUACUAAACAUUAUGUCGGAUAUACAUACUUGUAUAUUACGUGCAGUAUGUUUGCGCGGUUUUUUGCCGCGAUUACGAUAAAAAAAAAAAAGUCUUUUGAAUCGUAACACACGUUAAGUGUACUGAAAUUAUCCAAAACAUACUGCCAUUGGUCGUAUACUAAGCAUGGGAACUAAUAAGGAAGUAAGAGAUUGUGCUAUAUCAAUACUGCCAUUUGAACAAGAAUAUUUAAAACAAAAACUUUAAUACUCAAUUGUUUUUUUUCAUUAGAAUAAAAUCAAACGCAUUAUUCACGAUACAACAAAGAAUCUAUGAAGUUUAUUUGAUGUAUUUAUACUUUAAACUUUUUUGUUCAUGCUAGAUCAAUAAAAAAGAAAAUGACUAAGACUACAUUUUCUGUAAAGCAUGGAUUAUAAUAUUAUUAAAUUAUGUGUUACUAUUCUAUGAAUCUUUGCUUUACGAUGCCGAAGGAUUGUUGUUUAAGUUCCAGUUUUAUAAAGAAAUGAAUAGACUGGAUUUCGUUAAGAUUUUCUUGAUUCUUUCUGAAUUGUUGCUUUUAAAGAAUUUAUGCGAUAUGUUUUGUGAUAUCAUUAAAGUUGUAUUUAAAAUAUGAAUUUCAAAUAUUUUUAUCAUU